AUGGCUGGAGAAGAUUCACACAAGAAUCUUGAGAAGAACAAGGGCAAAGAAGAUGAGAUGCACAAGGAAGACGACAACGCUAAGUUUGAUGUAUCCAAAGGCUCCAAGAAGAGUGGAGAUCACAAAAAGAAUAGCAAGAGCAAGAGCAAGAAAAUAGUGAUUGAAUCAUCCUCAUCCCCAAUAUCAAGUAUUGAGCAGCCGGAUAGUGACGAUGAAAGCUUUGGACCAACUAUGCAACAAUUGUUCCACCACAAUGCUCAAGCCGCAACCAUCCUCCUUUCAUCCUUGAGUAGAGAGGAAUUUGAUAAAGUGGAUGGAUUGCAAAGUGCAAAGGAGAUAUGGGAUACUCUCAAAGUGGCACAUGAAGGCACCAAGACCAUUCGGAAAGCAAGAAUUGAGAUGAUUGAAGGAGAACUUGGGAGGUUUGCCAUGUUGGAUGAUGAAACCCCCCAAGAGAUGUACACGAGGCUCAAGAAGAUGAUCAAUCAAGUGAGGAGUCUUGGAAGCAAGAAGUGGACAGACCAUGAAGUGGUCAAGAGGAUGAUUAGGGCCUUUUCGGUAAGGAACAUAACCUUAUGUACCUUGAUAAGGGAGAGUCCCAACUACAAGAAGAUGACACCAAAAGAAGUACUUGGCAAGAUUAUCAACCAUCAGAUGAUGGAAAGUGAAGCCAAGUAUGUGAAGAGCUUGUCCAAGGGAACCUCAACCUCAAGAGGGCAAGACAUUGCCCUCAAGGCAAACAAGAAGGAGAAGAGCCAGAAAGUAGUGCAAGAAUCCUCAUCAAGUGACAAUGAUAAGAAGAGGAAGGACAACAAGGAGAAGAAGUACUUCACCAAGGACAAGAAGUUCUUCAAGAAGAAACAAAGUGGUGAAGCACAUCUUGGCAAGGAGUGGGGCUCCGAUGAUGAGAGCUCCAACUCGGAUGAAGAAGAAGUGGCCACACUCGCCUUUAACAAGACUUCUCUCUUCCCCAACCUCAAGGAUGGGACGAACAUCACUCACACUUGUCUUAUGGCAAGGGGAGGUAAAAGAAAGGUAAAAACCAUCCCAUGUUCUUCUCCUAAGUACACUACUAGUGAUGAUGAAAGUACAUCUAGUAGCUCUAGUGAAAAUGAUAAUGAUAUUGAUAUGAUUGCCAUGCUCAAGAAUCUAGAUAAAAAUGCUAUUGCUAAGUUUAACGAACUCAUGGAAGAGUUAAACGAGAAGAAUGAUUUCCUUGAGAAACAAGAGGACUUGCUCAUUCUUGAAAAGAAGAAAAACCUUGAACUCAAGGAGCUCAUAACCAAGCAAGAAGAAAAAUGUAAGGCCUUGGAUAAGGAACUUGCGGAAAGCAAGGAGACUAAGACUAGUCUCAAGAGUGCAAAUGUUGCACUUCAAGAUGAACUUGUUUGCUUAAACAAAAGCCUUGAAUUGCAAUUUGACACUCUCUUAUCCAACGCCUCAACAUCUCAACAUGACCCAUCAAUCAACCCCUCCAUAGCAUAA